GGCGUCCGUGUAGUCCGGCCACCGCGGUGGCUCUUUGGCCGUGUGAUUCGCCUCCUUGUCGGGGCUCUCCGCGUCCGCGCAUGGGCUCCAACACAGCUACGGCGGUGAGCCACUGCCGCCCGUUUUCUUGAACACGGAAACGAACUCGCAACUUCAUGUCCGAAGGCGCCAGAGCUGGCUGGUCGAAGAGGGGUUGUGGGGAUUCGCACCGCCGAGAACCAGGGAAACACAAACACAGGAAAUGCGAGCGACCCCUUAGUGCUCAGCUGUCACAGCCUGUGAUCGCUCGCUCGGGCUCCAAAAGGUGAUUGACGCUCAGAAAAGGGACUUUGUUAACAUCGUCUGGACACAAAGGGGCACUGUCCUCUGAUUGGCUCGGACAACCCCCUCUGACAUGCCCGUGGCCAAUCAGAGGUGUGUGAUGUCGGGGGCGGAUGUGGAGGUGUACCUGUCCCAGGUGCACGACGGCAGCGUGUCGUCGGGCUUCCGGGCGCUCUACGAGGAGCGCCUGCUGCUGGACGUCACGCUGCUGAUAGAGGAGCACCACUUCCAGGCCCACAAGGCGCUCCUGGCGACUCAGAGUGACUACUUCCGGGUCAUGUUCACUGCAGACAUGAGGGAGAGGGACCAGGACAAGAUCCACAUGAAGGGGCUGACGGCCGCCGGCUUCGGCCACAUCCUGCGCUUCAUGUACUACGGCUCGCUGGAGCUCAGCAUGCCCACCGUGCAGGAGAUCCUGCAGGCGGCCAUGUACGUCCAGCUGACCGAGGCGGUGGAGUUCUGCUGCUCCUUCCUGCUGGCGAAGAUCUGCCUGGAGAACUGUGCUGAGGUCAUGCGGCUCCUGGAGGACUUCAGCGUGGGCGUGGAGGGCGUCCAGGAGCAGCUCGACAACUUCCUGCUUGACAACUUUGUGCCUCUCAUGAGCCGAGCCGACUUCCUGUCCUACCUCAGCCUCGAGAGACUGCAGGCGUACCUGAACAGCGACGCCCUGAGCCGUUUCCCCGAGAUCGAGCUGUACGAAGCCGUCCAGGCCUGGCUGAGACACGACCGGCGGCGCUGGAGGCACACGGACACCAUCGUGCAGUCCAUCCGCUUCUGUCUCAUGACGCCCGCCAACAUCUUCGAGAAGGUGAAGACGUCUGAGUUCUACCGGUACUCCAGGCAGCUGAGGCAGGAGGUGGAUCAGGCCCUCAGCUACUUCCAGGAUGUCAACCAGCAGCCUCUGGUGGAGACGCAGUCCAACCGCAUCCGCUCCGUGCGGCCGCAGACGACGGUCUUCAGGGGGAUGAUCGGCCACAGCAUGGUCAACAGCAAGAUCCUGCUGCUGCAGCGGCCAAAGGUGUGGUGGGAGCUGGAGGGCCCUCAGGUGCCGCUCAGACCGGACUGUCUGGCCAUCAUCAACAACUUUGCCUUCCUGCUGGGCGGGGAGGAGCUGGGGCCCGACGGGGAAUUCCACGCCUCCUCUAAAGUUUACCGUUACGACCCGCGGCAGAACUCGUGGCAGCGCAUGGCGGACAUGUCCGUGCCCAGGUCGGAGUUUGCUGUUGGCGUCAUUGGAAAGUACAUCUACGCGGUGGCGGGACGCACCCGAGACGAGACCUUUUACUCCACCGAGCGAUAUGACAUCACAGAGGACCGCUGGGAGUUCGUGGAUCCUUAUCCUGUCAACAAGUACGGCCACGAGGGGACGGUUCUGAGCGGGAAGCUGUACAUCACCGGCGGCAUCACCUCAUCCUCCACGUCCAAGCAAGUGUGCGUGUUCGAUCCCGGGCGGGAGGCGGGCGGCGGCGGCGGAGGAGGGAGCUCGGGCGGCUCAGAUUCACACAGGACGCGCUCCGGCCGCGGCCCGCUGCUGCCCGGCACGCACGCCAGCUGCUGGGAGAACAAGUCCAAAAUGAACUACGCUCGGUGCUUCCACAAGAUGAUCUCCCACAACGGGAAGCUGUACGUGUUUGGAGGCGUGUGCGUCAUCCUGCGAGCGUCUUUCGAGUCGCAGGGGUGUCCGUCCACAGAGGUGUACGACCCCGACACCGACGAGUGGACCAUCCUGGCCUCCAUGCCCAUUGGGCGUAGCGGCCACGGGGUGGCGGUUUUGGACCGACAGAUCAUGGUACUUGGCGGUUUGUGUUACAACGGCCACUACAGUGACUCCAUCCUCACCUUUGACCCCGACGAAAACAAGUGGAAGGAAGACGAGUAUCCCAGGAUGCCUUGCAAACUGGACGGUCUGCAGGUGUGCAGCCUGCACUUCCCAGAGUACGUGCUGGAGCACGUGCGGCGCUGCAGCUGAGGUCUGCUGCUCCACCGAGGAACCAGGUGUUCACAGGUGGGGGGUGGGGGGACUUCUGACGCUUUCAAACCAGAGACCAGCACUUACUUAGAGGUGAGAAAACGCCGCUCUUCCGAACGAGGGCAAAGCGCGGCGCUGCAGGCCGCCACAUUUUAACCGUCUGCUCGACCCGUUUCAGAAUUCUCCCUGAAGCCGGUUUGUUGGUUUUUGGGGUGAAUCCCUCUGCUGGUUCUGUUUCCUGUCCCCCCCCCUCCACAUGUUGUGUGUCGGCUGUCUGGGCACGCUGCUGCAGAAACGCACUGGAAGCAGGACUCCACGUCAGGCAUCAGACUGCCUCCUCAGGUCAAAGGUGCCGCCAGAUGACAACCCCCCCCAUCACUCUUCACAGCAGCUCUGCGUCUUCACAUCCAAAAGCAUCUGAUGAUGUCACAGCUGUCAUUCCAACCGCAGCAUUAACACAGUUCACACUCCAGUCCUGCCUCAAUAUCAGGUUUACAGGUAAAUAUCACUGAUCUAGGUGAGCUUUUCUCUAAAGCGGAUUAACAUCCUCAAUAGACAAAUAAUCUGUUUGAUUUGAGAUUAAAAGUGUCUGCAUCCUAGAUGACAGAGCCUGUGAGGAGCUCUUAGAAAUCAUCUCAUUUCUCCUCCACCAAACCUCAGCGAACAUUUCUGGAAAGUACAACCCAAUCCCCAUAUUUAGUCACAACGGAUAACUAGGUCCAAGUCUUUGCCGUUCUCGGUAUGUCUGCCCCGACAUCGGAGAGGCCUUCUUGCACAGAGAGCUGCUUCUCUGUGGGUUCAGGUAGUGCGAAACCCCAGAGGCUUCCUGAGGAAAUCCAAACAGACCAGCAGCUCCUCUCAGCGGCCUGUUUGGCUCCAGAAGUCCUGCCGUUCUUCACCUCGGCUCACGCCGUGAGCGUUCCGAUGCUCAGCUCUGCCUCCGUCUUCACCACAGCUGGAUCAAACAGUGUGGCUGUAAGUGUGAGGUUGAAAAAACCAAAAACGUGGAGAAUCCCCCAAAAUUGGAAGAGGCUGGAGUUUCCAGACGUUUAGUGCAGGAGGUGGGACGCCGAGGGUCUGCUUCCAGUGCGUUCCAAACCGUUCAUGUUCAUGUUCAGAACACUACACUGAAGACGAGGAGGAGGAGGAUGGUACACCACACAGGUGAAGAAGAAGAGGUGUCUGUGUUUGUCACUCUGUCCUGCACUUUAUUUCUUCUAAUUGUUUGUGUACAUGACCCCCCCCCCAGCAGCUAAACAGUUGUGAAGCAAAGAGGAUCGACAGUGUCUGAAUGUAACGACAGCAGCAGCUGGAGGCUCUGUCUGCACAGCGUUGACCUUUGAACCUGAACCUCACAUUUCCAAACACUAACCAUCUGUUUUAUACAGCAAAUCAGGAAUAUGAAGGCAUGACAUGAAAAGAGCUGGCAGCAAUAGAAACAUCACAUUAACUGAGGUUUACUUUUGAAUUAACUGUUCACAUGGAAAUAUCUUCAAAAUGGGAUUCUCAUCUUUCAUUUCACAUUAUUGCGGUCUAACCUUAUGCACCAAUUCAGCUCCUAAGCUAAUGCUACAGUAGAGCUAGCUGCAGCUAACUGCACUGUUUGGUAGUUGGUUGUAAUUUUAGCACAAGAUGAGGUUAUUUCAUAGAUAUUUGUAACAUAAAUAUUGUAGCUAAAGGAUGUGAGCGCCCAUAACAAACAGGAAGCAGUUCGUUGGGAUUUUUAAUUCCAAUUUUUUCUUUAACUACAUAAAUUUCUCUUUCAUAAAUACAUACUUGUCUCCUAAUGAAAGACCUCAUUAAUUGUGGGUCUACUUUAAGGUUGACCUCAUUCCAGAAGACAUUAACAGAACAACCGUUAAAGUCGUUUAGAUCAAGUCAGACCUUUCAUUAAACAGAUGGUUCAUUUCAAAGUAAACCUCAGAGCAGAGCCUCAGCCUCAGUUCCAGCAUCCAGUCUGUGCAUCAUGGGGGCUGUUGGGUUCAGACAGGCCCUGUAAACCGUUGGAUUGCACAUUUCAGCAUUCAGACGCCUCGUUCCUGCAGCCCAGCGGCUGUUUGGUGUUGAUUACCGGUAUUUUUUUUAUUUUAUUAUUUAAGCAACUGUGAAAAGGGCUAGAGCACCCACUGAUGCAGUUCUGUCUGUUAGCUGCUUAUUUAAGUUAUUUAUUUUCUCAAGUAUUGCUUUUCGCCAAGCUAUGCAGUACCAGUGGUCAAGUAGUUCAAACUGUGGAGAAGGGAAUCCUGAAUCCUGUUCUUUUUGCUCAUUUCCGGUCAGCUCCGGUUUUCUUUGGAGUCCUGCCUGAAACACCAGGCUGGAGGUCAAACUGCAGUUGGUCUCUGACAGCCUGCAGUAACGUUGCUGUUCUCUGUCGGCAGACGCUCGUGUAAAUGAGGACGGGACGCCUUCUUCUUCAUUUUAACACAGUGUCAUUUCUCUGCUGUCAGCACAGCGUUCAUGCACGGCUGUUUUGAUUUAAGAGGAUUUGUGACACUGGAAUAAAUCUGCUCAUCCACAUUCCUUCUCAGAGGAGCUUUUAGGAGAACGGUUGGAAAGGCCACAAAAGUCUUAAGGUUUUUCCUCUUGAAUCAGGCAUGUUGUGUUUUGAUAGUGUGGAACAAAUCAUCUCAUUCUACAUAACUACAAUCUGUAAAUCCCCACAAGAAAAAAACUGAAGACUGUUAUAUUCAGACGAUGUAUUUAUCAAUGAUCUUGCUGUCAAACUCUCGUAGACAUAAUCUUGAUAUCCAUGUAGAUGACAAACCUCCAACUUCUGUCCUUUCAGCCACUCAACUGUUCUGUUGUCAGUUUUUCAGGGUACAAACAUCUCCACCCGUUCCCAUUCACUCUCAUGAUGUCACCACGUCUGCUGCUGCAUUGUCUGCCUCCUCUUCCUCAUGUCGUUCUUUGAAGAAGCUUGGAACCAUAACGGGUGUCAGGCACGUUCAGUCACAGCGCAUCGUCCUUUAGUCCUCCAGUCUUCAGUCUGUCUGUAGGAGACCAGAAUAGAGAAGAGAAAUAAUUCAUACCUGCAUCAGAAAAAGUCAGUAAAAUCAGAUUAAUGGAUGUUAUAAUCUGAGUAGAGACUUUGGAAACGAUUUGUAACUUCUUUCCAGAAAUAAAUGUUCCUAUUGGUCAACUUUCA